AUGACAAGUGAACACAUAGAAUCAAGUGGUUCGCGACCAAUGGAAAGUAAUUCCUUUCCUAACUCACAAAUAAAUAGCAUCGACGUAGAAAAUGAUAAACAAAAUCAAUAUUUUGAUAAGGAGAAAAUAAUGAAUGAUGAAGCUCGAGGUUCCUCAAACGAUAUAGAAAAUGUAGAUUUAAUGGAAGACAUCGUAUCUACACCAAUCACUCAACCAAAAUGCCUUAUAGAUUCUUCAUCUAACAGUGAUUCACUGCAUCAACAUCAACCAACUUCUUCAAGAUCCUUUUAUGAGACACGUGAUUCAACUCCUUCGUGGGGAGUGAGGUCUCAAUCAAAUUUUUCAUUAAAUCGACACCAGUUAACGGAUAAAGAAAGUAGAGAGGAUGUGAGUCACGGAGUGACACAGGAAAAUGAUGUACAGUCUGAAGAUAAAGAGCAUUCAACAGUGGUGGACGAUGAGAUUGGAGAUGAAAUCGUUGAAAAGGUUAUCAUGGCGGUUAAUCAUAGGAAACGUAAAUUGGGAUGUGCCUAUUACAAUGUCUCCACUUCGAUACUAUAUCUAAUGGAAGAUAUGGAAGCAUCUCAACCAAAUGAUAUUGUCAAUUUAUUGCUGUAUCAAAUUAUGCCAUCUGUGAUAAUUGUAAGCUCGCGCGCAGAUGAAAGCUUUAUUCAAAUAUUGCAAUCUCAAGAUGAUACAAAUACAGUUCAAUGCGAAGUGGAAAUUCGUCCAGGCGUUGAAUUUGUCCAUGCUUCUGCAAAAACAAAGCUUUGUUCUAUUCGUUUGGGAAGCCAACAAUCAGAAGCAAAUAGACAAGAUAUUUACUUACAAUUAUCAAGUAUUGUAAACAUGGAGAGCGUUGAAACAGUUUGCUGUGCUGGAGCGUUAAUAAGUUACAUCUCAAGGGGUAAUUCAACGAUAGACGGAUUGCAGGACAGUCAUCAAUUCAUGGAGGUUCUUGGUAUAGAGCAAUUCUCGUUAUCUCAAUUUAUGCAUGUUAAUGGAGAUACGUUAUGUUCAUUGCAAAUAUUCGAGGACGAGUCACAUCCAAAUAUGCAUAUGCAGGCUAGAUCAAAAGAAGGCUUAUCCCUCUUUGGAAUUCUUAAUAAUACGCGUACUUCCACCGGAAAACAACUCCUCAAACAAUGGUUUCUUCGACCUACACUUGACCUCUCGAUACUUGAUGAAAGAUUUCAUACCAUAGAGUGCUUUCUACAACCGUAUAAUUUGGACGUAUCAGAUCAGUUGAUAUCCAGCCUGAAACAUAUUAAAAACAUUCCAAAGAUCAUUGGAAGGAUGAAAGGAAAAUUAAAUGUAAAAGAUUGGCAAUCUUUGUUGCAGUUUGCAUUUUAUUGCCUAAAGAUUAGAAAUCUCGUCAAAGAAUUGCGAUUUGACGAUGAUAUUAAAAUCUUUACUAGGAUAAAAGAAGAGUUUAUUGUUACUGACUUAAAGGAUCUUGGCUCAUACAUAAAUGAUGUGAUUGAUUUCGAUGAAAGUGUCAAAGAGAAUCGAAUUGUGAUCAAGCCUCAUGUAGAUGAGGAACUGGAUCACAUGAAACGGACUUACGACGGAUUAGAUGAUUUCUUGUCCGAAGUCGCUCGCGAGAUCAGUGCAAUCAUUCCAACCGAAUUCGCAUCCACCCUGAAUGUUAUCUAUUUCCCUCAGUUGGGGUAUCUCAUCACUGUUCCGUUAAAACCAGAAUGGAAGGUGGAAAAAGACUUUCAAAUCGACGGUUUGUAUUAUCAGUUCAGUACGGCUACAACUGUGUAUUAUAAAAAUGACAGGAUGCGAGAAUUAGACGAAUAUUUGGGUGACAUUCAUGGACUUAUCGUUGAUCGUGAGAUAGAAAUGGUGCAGAAACUGCAGGAUCGCGCUUUAGAAUAUGUUCCAUUGUUACUCACAUCCAGUGCAAUUUGUUCCGAACUUGACUGUCUUCUCUCUCUGUCAGAAUCGGCAAGACGCUAUAGGUAUUGCCGACCCUUUAUAACUGACGCAAAUAUCUUGAAAAUUGAAAAGGGAAGGCAUCCUUUGCAAGAACUUUGUAUUGAUGUAUUCGUAGAAAAUGAUACAAAUCUCGCUGGCGGUCUAGGGGUCCGUGACGAUGAUAUUUGUGAAGACUCAGUUGAAAAUUCAAAAUCUCUUAGAAUGGAUGACGACCACGACUCCUAUAACAGCAUAAUGUUAUUGAGUGGUGCUAAUUAUUCGGGAAAGAGUGUAUAUUUGAAGCAGGUUGCAUUAAUUACAUAUAUGGCACACAUUGGAAGUUUUGUACCAGCAAAAUCGGCCACGAUAGGCUUAACGGACAAAAUUUUCACUCGAGUACAGACUAGGGAAACGAUUUCUAGGAUCCAAAGUGCAUUCAUGAUUGAUCUCCAACAAAUAUCAAUUGCACUUCGUAAUUCAACGUCGAGAUCGUUAUUGAUUUUUGAUGAAUUUGGAAAAGGAACAGGCUCAACGGGUACAGAUGGUGCUGGCUUAUUUUGUGGCGUCAUGGAGCAUCUACUAAAACGAGGAAAAAACUGUCCAAAAGUGAUAGCGGCGACUCAUUUCCAUGAAAUAUUUGAGAAUAACAUUCUUUCCGAUCGUCUUCCAAUAUCACUGGUCACUAUGGAAAUUGUGAGGAAUGAUGACGACGAAGAAUUGACAUUUCUUUACCGCCUUGUACCAGGUCGAAGUAUUUCUUCUUGGGGAACUUUUUGUGCUUCGAUUGCCGGAGUUCCACCUGGUAUUGUUCAAAGAGCUACGCAUCUGUCGCAACUUUUCUCUCGAUAUGAAUCAAUUCCACCGCCACUCGAUGACGAUCAAGAACGUCGUGUUUACGCGACUUGUGAACAAGUUGCGAGGAAAUUUUUAGAAUUAGAUCUGGAGAAAAGAGAAACUGAUGUCAGUAAGUUCUUGGAAUGGGUGAGCCGAGAAUGCGGUUGA